AGCCGCUUCCCUCUCCUCUCCGCCCCCUCCACCACCCAGCAGCUCCCCUGCGCUCCUGGCCUCCUCCUCUUCCCUGCCCUCUCGUGGGUCCCGCACUGUCCUCCCCUCUGCAUUUCUCCUCAGGGUCCCGAGGACCUGCAUCCCUCUGCUUCCGUCGUCAUAGUGGUUACGUCUUCUCUGCACCGGAAGGAGAACCCGCGAACACUUUUGGAAUUAUGGCGGCGGUGGAUAUCCGAGAUAAUCUACUGGGAAUCUCUUGGGUUGACAGUACAUGGAUCCCCAUUUUGAACAGUGGAAGUGUCCUAGAUUACUUUUCAGAAAGAAGUAAUCCUUUUUACGACAGAACGUGUAAUAAUGAAGUGGUCAAAAUGCAGAGACUAACAUUAGAACACUUAAAUCAGAUGGUUGGAGUGGAAUACAUCCUUUCACAUGCUCAAGAGCCCAUUCUUUUUAUCAUCCGGAAGCAACAGCGGCAGUCCCCUACCCAAGUUAUCCCACUGGCUGAUUACUAUAUCAUUGCUGGAGUGAUCUACCAGGCACCAGACUUGGGAUCAGUUAUAAACUCUAGAGUGCUUACUGCGGUGCAUGGCAUUCAGUCAGCUUUUGAUGAAGCUAUGUCAUACUGUCGAUAUCAUCCUUCCAAAGGGUAUUGGUGGCACUUCAAAGAUCAUGAAGAGCAAGCAAAAGUCUGGAGAAAAGCCUGUCCCAGUGGAUCAGACAAAGAAAGAGGCAGAACCUACACCAGAAACUGUGAAGUGUGAUGAGAAGGAGACCACAAAGAACAUCCAACAGGCAGUGAGCACUAAAGGUCCCCCUGAAAAACGCAUGAGACUUCAGUGAGUAUUGGACGAGAGAAGCUUGUAAGACUUCUUGUCCGUGAUUAUACCUCAUACCGUGACAGGCUCUUGAACUUUGAAAUUCUUUGUCACAACUCUCAUUUGUAUAGAAUGUGCUUGCUCUUUAUGCUCUUUAGGAAAGGAUAUAAGGACCCUCAUGCUUUUGAGAUGGAUUUUGUAUGUAUCUUUUGUAACCUUUCCCCUACGGACUUGAGCAGCCUCCUCACUCACAUGUGUACUGCUUACAUAUAUUUGAAACCAAAUUAAAGUAUUUGUCUAAAUUACUUUA